GAGGAAAUCCUGGGAAGACGGAUUCAUGGAGGCAAAGCAAAAUCUGUCUGCCAUUACAGAGAAAAGGCCACCAGAAUUCAUGCAAGCUUUGCAGAUCACUAAGACCAGAGCUGGAAUGCAGUUUUCCUGUGCCUCCCCUGUGGACGGUGUGAACACGUCGGGCUACAGAGAUGUGUGGGUGUGUAACAGUGAUGGCUACGUGGGGCACAUGUGCCUGCUCAGUCUACAGCCAGAACCCAUAGUGACACUGAACACUCCCGUCCCAGGGUGCAACUCAAAGAUACUGUGUAUAUUUGCAGUGCCAGCGUACAGUGGGCCUCUAAAAAGGAAAGGAAGUGGCCGCAAUCGAUCAAUGGACAGUGGUCACCAGGACGAUUUCAAUCAGGUCAGUCUGGAGCUGAGUAACACAGAGUCCAGUGAUGGGUCCGAGUCUGAUACAGAGUCAACUGAUGAUGAGGAUGAUAUGCCAUCUUAUAGCAGGAGGAAUGUUGGACGCCACACCAGACAGAGCUCAGAAAGCAGCAAGCAGACGCCUCUCCUGGACCCCUAUAAGAGCACUAUGUGGCUAGGAACAGACAAUGGAUAUAUCCAUAUCUUUCAAAGCACAGACAACAUCAAGACCACCAAGAACAAACUGAAAGUGCCCCAUCCUGCAGGAGUUCUUUGCAUUGUGCAUUUGGAUUGCAAGGUGUUUGCUUCUUUAGCAAAUGGAGAGAUCCGUGUAUACAGGAGGGAUGCAGAUGGCAGCUGGGACACACAGCACCCAGACACUCUAUCAGUGGGCACUGUGACAUCACCAGUGACCAAGAUGUUGGCAGUGGCUGGUAAACUGUGGUGCGGCUGUCAGAGUGGGGUCAUGAUGCUGAACCCUACAACUCUUGUCUCUGAGGUUUCAUUUCAAAUCCCCACAGACAGCCCACGCCCCAUCCAGUCCAUGGUGUGCUCUGGUCAGGGGGUCUGGAUAGCACCCCAGGGCAGCUCCAAGGUGGUGCUCUUCCAUGCCACCAACAGACAGUUCCUUACAGACAUCAGCAUAGCUCAGGCAGUGACACAGAAACUUAUGGCUACAGAUGACAUAAUUAGACAGCAUAAAACGGCGUGCCUUCGCAUCACCUCCCUCCUGGCCUGUAAAGAUCUCCUCUGGGUAGGAACCAGUGCAGGGGUCAUCCUCACCAUUCCCUUGCCAAAGAUUACUUCAUCCACCACUAAAUCUACUCUUCAAGCACCCACUGUGACAGGUUUAGUCCAUGGUCAUACUGGUCACGUGCGCUUCCUUACAGCAGUGGAGAUGCCUUCAUCUCGACCUUUUCCGGAACAGUCGCUACAACAACAUCACUUAAUACGUCGCCGCUCAAUAGGGGGCACUCCUGCUCGUGCCACCAAGAUGCUGGUUAUCAGUGGAGGAGAUGGUUAUGAGGAUUUCCGCACAGGGAUUAAUAAUGAAGCAGCAGGCAGGGAUGAUAGCACCAACCACUUACUGCUGUGGCAGGUCUGAUGAAAUGGAUUCCCCUGCAGGUGGUGCCAUCUAUUGUUAUGUUGCCCUUGUGAAAAUGUGGGUGCUUACUGAAAAUAUGGGUAUUUAUUUGUUAUAGAGGACUGGAUGACACAAGCAGAAGGACUUGCAAGAGUCUGCAUGAUAUGUGAUAACAGCUUUUACAAAAUCCUGCUUGUCAAAGGUGGAAAUUCAUGCAGCCUUCCAGACAAUGAACCAGGUUUUUAAAUUAACAGUGUUUUAGGAGGCUUAACAUUGUAUCAACAUCAGUGUGUCUCUGAACAGUCGAUCAGGUAAAAAUGGGGUGAUUUGGUGCAUGAACUGUGAUGUGAUAAGUUAAAGUCGUAACAGAUUUGUUCAUUGAAAUUGCACAUUGGUGGACUUAAGGUUGGCCCAGAAGUGAGUGUCCACCAAACAAAAAUGUGCUAUGAAUAAAAAAAUUAUUAAAAUGUAAGAUCACAUGACAUUUCCUAAACUUUUUAUAUCAAAUGAAGCAAGUUCAUACAAUGAAGAUCAGGUAUUUUAAACCUCAAUAUUUGGUAUCCUUGCUUGCUUGUAAAAUCAGAAACAAAAGUUUUGCACUGCAAAAGCAAAUAUUCUUAAUAGUCAAGAAAAUUGAUCUGAAAAAAAGAAUUUGGUAGCUGCUCAUUCUUUUGCCUGCAAACAAAUCUAAAGAAGGCUUCUAGUUGUUUUGCAAAGUUAUUGUGAAAUGCAAUUUCCUUAAAUCUAUUAUUCUCUUUAAGAGACAAUUGUGUAUGGGUAUAUUGUCUGAAUUUAAAAUAAGUGUACACAAAAUUUGAUUGAUUUCCAUUCACAUUUCAGUUUAACUUGUACGUUUUAUCAAAAAAGAGAUAUUUUCUGGCUUAUAGGAUUACUCAUUGAAGUCUGCCAGUGGAAGUGCUAUUGCAAAUUUGCCAAUAUUAAAGAAUAUCAAAUUAGUCAUUGAGGGGAGCAGCCUCCAGAAUCAUUUUAAAUAUUUCAGCAUAGCUGUAAAUAUAUACAAAUCUGAACCUCAAGAAUUUUGGUCAAACCAAUUAUUGUAUUUCUCCUAGGGUUCUUUUCACAUUAUUUACAUAAUUUUAAUAUUUCAUGUUAUCGUUUCUUAUCGUAUCUACUUGUGUCACGUUUGCAGGUAUGAGGGGACACCUCAUCUUACGUGCUUUUGUUCGCAAAUUUUUAAUGUGCUAAUUUGAAAACUGGUGCAUCUGCUUUUUCAAGUCAGUUGGACAUGCUAAGUCAUGCAAUUCAUAUGCUUCCACAGAAUCAGAGUGAUACAAUCUUCUUGGAAGUUUUCUCAUUUUUAAUCUGCCAUUUGUGGCCUUGUCAUGUACCCCAAAACCCAUUUUACAGUGGGUGCAAAAAGAGAAAGAAAUUUUUAACAUUUUUCCCACCAAUGAAUGUCAUUAAUGUAUCUAUUCAAUAUUGUAGACAGGUGCUACUAGGCUGCAUUGUUUUUAUCUCAAGGAUGUAAGUUUUAGAUAUGAAAAAAUCAGUGUACAGUUAUGGUAAUACAAAUUAAUUUUAAAUGAUAACAUAUUAGAUGUACAGACAAUCCUAUCAGGUGGUGCCAUCAUACAAACUUGGUUUGUAAAGGUCUUCUAGGACGUCUUCAGCACCGUUUGGCCUAUGAAAACAUUGUGGUAUAUAUAUAUACUGUAUGUAAGGAACAAAUUUCCAGUAUUAUUACAAGUUAUUUUGUAUAUUUAUGAAGUAUUGAGUGAGCUGGGCAGUCUUCAGAGAAAAUAAAAAUGUGAAUUCA